AUGCGGCUGAAGCGAGACAUUCUCGCCAGCGGUUGGGCCUUUAUAUCCGCUGACUAUCGACUGCUGAUACCAUGUACUGGCUAUGAUAUUCUCGCCGAUGUUAAUAGUUUGUUCGCGUAUCUUGCCUCUGACCAGUUAAACAGAGAUUUGGACAAUACAUCACAUCGUCUCGAUCCUUCUCGUCUAGCCGUUGGUGGUGCCAGCGCAGGUGCCUACGUGGCCUAUCUCGCUGGCAUUCAUGCCAGACCCAAGCCAAGAGCUGUCUUCGGUCUCUACGGCAUUGGCGGUCGUAUGAUCUCUUCUCAUUAUUAUUCCAUAAAAUCGCCGAUGACAGUGAAUGUGGCCGACUUUCGCCACUAUCUCAAUCCGAUCGACGAUGACAAGGAACUUCUUCGUCCAACCAGUGAUGCUCCACUUGCUUGGCCAAUUCCUGAGGAAAGUGAAAAGGCUCGAACGAGCGGUGCUCUCUUUCAAGUAUUUAUUGAAACAGGCACCUUUCUCGACUUCCUCACGGGUAUCCGAGGCUUCUCAGAGUCUCUUCGAUCAUCAUCAUCAUCUUUCGACUACGAGACGCAGGUGAAAAUCCCAGAUGAAGUGCGAUGUCUGUUUCCAGAACUUCAUGUUGCGGCCUUUCCUCCAACCUAUCUAGUACAUGGAACGGCCGAUCAAGUAGCUCUUGUCGAAGAAUCCAAGUUUCUGGCACAACAACUCGAAUUGAAUCAUAUUCCUCACGUUCUUGCGCUGGCUGAAGAUCGUGGUCAUGGUUUCAAUGCGGAAGCUGAUGCUGACGAGGUGUACGACAAUUUUGCUGCAAUUGGUCCAAUUUUGAAUAUAACUCUUCGAAAUCGUGGUCUUUCAGAUAUAGAAAUAUCAUGUAUUAAUUUAAUUAAUCCAUUUUUGAUCUUCUUUACUAAUCCAUUAUUGGCAUUUUUCGCAGAUCAUAUACGUCGCUUUCGUCUUACAUUCAAUAUUAUUUUGUGUUUGAUAACUAUUGUUUUUAGUAUUAUAUUUUUUUUACCAACUCUCAAAUCAUAUUCAAUUCAAGGUGAAAUUUAUCAAAUUGAUACUAUGAAAUAUUCAUUGACAUUUUGUGCAAAUAAAGAAUUUUCUACUAAAUGUGCAUUAAGAACUCGUUGUGGAUGUACUUAUCAAGCCUAUUGUAGAUUGUUAACAAUGGAGAAAAUUUAUUUCAAUAAGAGUAUACCAAUCAAAACAUUUCAUUUUAAUUUUACUAUGAAUUCAACGUAUGUAGACAAACAAUAUAAAAAUGUAUCUAUACGCAGUAAUAAACUUCGGAUAUGUAGUGCCAUCAAUUAUCAUGUAUCAAUCGAUAAAGAUACAAACGAUGAAAUUAGAGAUCUAUUUGACAAUAGUAGUGCAUUGUCAUCGAGUGAAUAUUUCAAAUUGGCUACAUGUGAUAUAAAAUGUUCAAUAGAUCAUCUCUGUCAUGGAUCACGUUAUUCUCACCAAAUUCUAUAUCUUCUUUUGUAUUCAUUUUUAAUGAUUAUUGGUCUUAAUCUUUUUGCAUUGGCUACAACACUUGGUACUACAAUUGCAUUUUCUACUUUACAUCAUUCGAAUCUAUUUGGUCGACAACGUGCUUGGGGUACAAUUGGUUCGGGUAUAUCUGCAUUUUUUGUUAGUCGUCUUUAUGUACAUUUUAAAACCAAAUAUGUAUACUUAAUUACAUUCAUCGCUUGUAGUUUUCUCAGUAUUAUCAGUACAAGUUUCAUUCGUAUUCGAUCUGAUAAAUGUAAACGAGUUGAACCAAUUAAUGACGAUACACAUGAUCGAACACUUUCAAUAGAUUAG